AUACUCUUGGAGGAUGAAACUAGAGGAAGAGAGAGCUUAUGCCAUUGAGAAACAUUCCACACAAAUAUCCUUUGAUGUUGUAAAUACUUUUUUUUCUUCUUCUCCAUCACCAUCGUAACUCGAAAUAUAUUUCCGAAAUUACUCAUAAAUCUCACAUUUACCAAGAAACUAAAAUGUCGCUUCAAGACCUCCAAAACGUUACCAACAGCUACGAUCCCACGUCCUCUCAUGAAGAUUUCCUAGAGCAAAUGCUUUGUGGUCUCCAGUCAGGAGUUUCUUGGCCGGAUAUAUCCACCGGAACUGGCGGCGGAGGCGGUGCCGGUCAGAACAAACCAGUAUUUCCAUGGGACGUGGACCACUUUGAUGACCAAUCAUCUUUUCUAGCAUCAAAACUCCGGCAGCAUCAGAUCAGCGCCGGAACCGGUGGAGCAGGUAAUCCAUCUUCUGCUGUGAAAUCUCUGCUUCUUCAACAGCAGUUGUUGCUCUCUCGAGGCUUAACCGGCGCCGGUGAUUCUGUGCUUUUUGAAAAUGACAUGGUUGAUGCUUCAUCGUUCAAAUCUCCGAGUGGAGAUAAUUCGAUUCAAACUCUCUUUAAUGGGUUUGCCGGAUCUAUCCAAUCCAAUCAAACCCAGGACUUCCAUUUCCCGCCGGCCCAGAGCUUCGGCUCUCAGGGGACGGCAGCAGCCUUGACUAACCAAGGACCAACCUCCGGCGGUGUAACUGCAACAGUAGGUGGCGGCAGUGGACCACCGACGCAGCCACGACAAAGAGUUAGAGCUAGAAGAGGACAAGCAACCGACCCACACAGCAUAGCCGAAAGAUUACGGCGAGAGAGGAUUGCAGAGAGGAUGAAAUCGUUACAAGAACUUGUCCCAAAUGCUAACAAGACAGACAAGGCUUCAAUGCUAGAUGAGAUCAUAGACUAUGUAAAAUUCCUCCAGCUCCAAGUCAAAGUACUAAGCAUGAGUAGAUUGGGAGGUCCUGCUGCUGUUGCCCCUCUUGUAGCUGACAUCUCCACAGAGGGAGGUCGUGACGCUUUAGAAGGAGGUGCUGCUGCGGGACGAAGCAACAAUGGAACAUCGUCUUCAAACAAUGACACCAUGACGGUGGCGGAGAAUCAGGUGGUGAAGCUGAUGGCGGAGGAUAUGGGGUCAGCCAUGCAGUACUUACAAGGGAAAGGUCUUUGUCUCAUGCCGAUUUCCCUAGCAACUGCUAUCUCCACCGCCACCUGCCACCCUUCUUCCUCAAGGAACAACCACCAGUUACUUGGUGGUGGGCCUUCCUCUCCCAAUGUUUCUGUGCUGACUGCUCAAUCCGCGAACGGAAUACUGCCACCAGAGGUGUCUCCAUCAAAGAAUCCACCUCCAUCUUGAAGCCGUGCUAUUCACCGGCGUUAACUUUUGAUUACAACCCAGUCGAC